AUUCACUUCAUUCACGCUCUCUGCUGCACCAUGAAGCUGCUGCUCAUCCUUCCACUGUGCGCUGUGUUCACACUCACCCGGCAGGCUCCUUCACCCAACCCGAAGUGUGCCUGUCAGGUGAACAACUCAGAGAAAGAGUUCCCUCAUGACAAACUGAGAGCAGUGGAGCGCAACACCACAAACUGCAACAAAAACAUCACCCCACAGAAGACUCUGGAGAUGGAGAGUCUGCUGCUGGGUCUGGAGCGACGCCUCAUCCAGCUGCACAAAGACGUGUCGGUGCUGGAGAGGGAGGACGAUGGAGAGAUGUACGGAGUCCUCAGUCUGUUCGUGAUCGAGAACGAGAUGAUCGAGAUAAAGCAGCUGAUCGACAAGCUCAACAGCACCACCAGGGACAACCGGCGCCUCACCGAAGACACCAGCCAAGAGCUGACACACUUGCAUGCAGAGAUGGUGGAGAUGGAGAAGUUUGACACCAUGCAGGUGGUGAGAGGACGACAAGUCAACAAACGUCUGAAGUCGGAUCUGAAGGUGUGCAAGAGCGCACUCAACGCCACCGCCGCACCCACAGUCCCACCCCAGGGUGUCUGUUCCCACGGGAGACUCCGGAACGUGACCGGGCCCAGAGUCUACACGGCGGGCGAGUACGCUGGCUCGUAUUCCUACGGCGCCUGGGGUCGGGACCCCAGACCACAGCCUGGGAAGGAGAGCUGGUAUUGGCGGGUGAUGAUGACCUCCAGCAACAAAUACGCCAACUACGUCCGACUCUACUCCAGCCUCAGCGCCCUCAUCAUCGGGGUGAGCAACCCAGGUAACGUCGAGAUAAGCUCCUCUAACCCAACCACCAACACCAUCCAGGGUCCAAAUAACGUCCUGUACGGAGGAGCCUUGUACUACAACUGCUACAACCAGGACUCUGUUUGUCGAUUCAACCUCACCACCAAAGCUGUGUCCACCCUGAAACUACCCAAAGGCACCAGGUACAACUCAAAAGCAAACUUCUGCAACCUGGAUGAAUGCUACCCGUUCACUGACCUGGACCUGGCCACGGACGAGUCCGGCGUCUGGGUGGUCUACACAACCACCCAGGACUUUGGCAACCUGGUUCUGUCCAAGGUGGAGGAGGGUCAGCCCCCGACGCUCGGCCAAACCUGGCGAACCUCGGUUUACAAGCAGGGGGUGAGCAACACCUUCAUGGCCUGCGGCAUCCUCUACGCAACACGCUUCGUCAGCGUAGAGGUGGAGGAGAUCUUUUACUCCUUUGACACCACGACAGGGAGGGAGAGGUUCAACCUUGGCAUCUUCAUCAACAAGAUGUCCCGCAACAUUCUGGCCCUGAACUACAGCCCUGUGGACAAGAUGCUUCACGCCUACUGUGACUCCUACAUGGUCUCCUACAAGCUUUUGUUUCUGUGAUUGCUCUUCAUAAAGGCUUGAUUUAGAAAUAAAAUGGCUCCAGUAUUAGUGAAAUUGCCUGUGGUAUACGUGACACACAUGUUUACAUUACAGGGAAAGUUCGUGUGACUUAUCUUUUCCCACUGUAUUUCAAUAAAGAUCUCAUUCAAGUCUU